UCUCUUGUCUGUCUUCUUCGAUCGUCUUUAACUCACUGUUUCUCUCUCCUGAGAAGAAACGGCCGCCGAAUGAGUCCGUGGUGUUCCGGUCUUGGCUAGCCACUGAGUCCACUUGGUGGUUCAGUUCGCUUCACUGAAACGGAGAACCGAAAAAUUAGCCACAGAAUUUUGAAAAUCCAUAGCAUUUAACCAUUUAUUUCACAAAUUUUAGAUUUGCGUUUGAGUUCUAGGAAGCUUUCAAUAGAUUUUGUUGGGUAGCUUGAGACUUGAAAGCUUAACAGGCAGACAAGUGUUACUAGAUUUUCACUCAUCAGACAUACGAGCUCAGAAAGUAUGCCAAGACUUGAAAAUUCAAGUCUUUUAGAUGCUUGAAAGAAAUACGAUGACCGAAUUUGAAUCAGAUAAUACAGCUCCGGCAGAAGAUAGCAUAUCAUCUCCUGUUAAUCAGAUUCAAAUGAUUCCAUUACCAGAACCACAAGAACAACAACAGCAACAGAAGAAAAAGCGUAAUCUCCCAGGAAUGCCAGAUCCAGAUUCAAUUGUUAUCGCUUUAUCACCCACAACUUUACUAGCCACGAACCGAUUCCUGUGCGAGAUCUGCAACAAAGGGUUUCAGCGUGACCAGAACCUGCAGCUUCACCGACGAGGACACAAUUUACCGUGGAAGCUCAAACAGCGAACCACCAAAGAAAACCGCAAGAAAGUCUAUGUGUGCCCGGAGCCCACGUGCGUGCACCACAACCCAGCUAGAGCUCUCGGUGAUCUCACCGGUAUCAAGAAACAUUUCAGUCGAAAACAUGGAGAGAAGAAAUACAAGUGUGAAAGGUGUUCUAAGAAAUAUGCCGUACGGUCUGAUUGGAAAGCCCAUAUGAAGACUUGUGGAACCAAAGAGUAUAAAUGCGAUUGCGGCACAGUCUUUUCCAGGAGGGAUAGUUUUAUAACGCACAGAGCAUUCUGUGACGCGUUGGCGGAGGAGAGUGCGAGGACUAAACCCAAAGAGGUUGCAAGUGCAGAAGAAGAAGGAAAUCAGAAUGCGAAGACCCUUGUUGCUUCUCCGCCUCCUCCUCCUCACACUCCCUCAACUGGCGUGGUUUCUCCUGGUCUGUCAAUUCAAAGUUCAGAAAUGCCUGAAAAUCCCGUGAGUGUUUCCCCGCCAAGACCAGUGGCUGCAACCCCGAGCUCGACUUCCACUCAUACGGCUUGUGUCUUUGCAAGUGUAUUUUCAUCCUCAGCAGUCUCGCAAACUUCCCGAACACCACCUUCUUCAUUCUCCAAUCAAAUCUCUGCCUUGCCUCACUCUGAUUGCCCAUCAGCCUCUGGCAUAGAGCCCACAUCCCUGUCCCUCUCUUCAUCUCUAUAUCUCUCCAACAACAGCUGUUCCCUCUUCUCCAAACCUGAGCAAGGCCAUCUCCACUAUGCUCAAUCUUCACAACCCACCAUGUCCGCGACUGCCUUGCUUCAAAAAGCGGCUCAAAUGGGUGCAACAUCUUCAAAUCAAUCCCUGCUUCGUGGUUUUGGUUUAUCAAUGUCGUCGUCUUCCUCAGUUAAAGAUGCCCAUGGUAAGCAAGAUAACAACUCUGCGGCAACUGGACUUGGGCUAGGGCUGAGUUCUGGUUUGUCCGAUGUUAUGAUGGAUCCUUCAUCUUUGUUCGGGAGCAAACCUACCACACUUGAUCUUCUCGGACUGGGCAUAGAUGCUGGCAGAGCUUCCACGAGUGGGCUCUCUGCUCUGCUCACUUCGUUUGGAGGUGGCUAUAAUGUUGGAGCAGCAACUGCGUCAUAUGGAGGUGGAAGAGGCAGUUCAAGUUCACCAAGCGAACCAUGGGAGGGCGCAUCUGAGAGAAAGCCCAGUGGACCAGCACUGCCAUAGAACUUCACAUCCCAGCUGGUAUUUUUAUUUUCUAAAUUCAACCAUGGUUUUGUACAAUACAAACAGCUAGAACUCAGAGGAGGAAGGGUCACACAGUUAAGACUAUUUCGCUUCCCAUUUGUAGUUGCAGUCAUAUUUUGGGUCAGCUGCUCUUUCUUUUUGAAUGAUAAUUUUUAUUAUUCUGUGA